AUGGCACGCGGAAGCUGGUCUUGGAUCAGGUUUUGGAUCUUUUUUCUGUGGACAGCCUUCACUGAUGGACUCAAGACUAUGAAAGAAAUACCGAAAGAAAGCCGCGCGCAGUUUGACAAGAUGAAAAAGUAUCUGGGGGAAGUAAAGUGGAACCACGAGAGGGUGCUUCAUGACACGACAAAAAUGCAAGAGAAGGUAUUGCUGGUAUUUUUGUUUUUUUCUGUUUUACUUGUAGGUUACAGUAAAAACAUUAUGGAAAAAAUAGCUAACGAAUUUGUGUGAGUAAUCAAAUGGACAAGUGAAAUUAGGGAAUACUUUCAUAUAAGAAUUUGGACAGAACACAAGUUAAAUUAUUCCUCCAGUUUCACUAGUACAAUUGUAUACCAUUUGAUUACAGUUUGAAUACUAUGGUCAAAAAAUGUAUACGCUCACAAAACGGGGGAUUUUGGCACCGUAGAAAAAAACACGAUCAUAACAAUAUCGCUAUUUCACGUGUAAAUUUAUAAAUUAAGGCUGAAACUUCCCGGCAAAAUUAAGGAGUGAUUUGUUGCCCAUGAUAUUAUUUAUACAUUUAUUCAUCUAUUAGUCAAUUGAUUAAUUUGAACACCUGGUAGAAUAAAGUCCUUGUCGGAGCUGAGGUUAUCAUUACGACAAGCGUUAAGUUAUUUUACGUAUAAGAAUCAUUAAAUGAAAGCGCAUACUAGUACGAUAUUGGAUAGAAUUUUACUGCAAAAUAUUUAAAAGUUCAUUGUUAGGCUUUAUAGUACUAGAUUUGAGCAAUCCUAGCGGAUAUAUAAAAUAAAAGCACUUCUACGACUCCAAACCGUCCACACGAAUGAGCGUGAAAGGAAACCAUAACUCGGAGCGAGCUACUUCAAUGGGGAAGGGGAUGGCCUUUGUCACGGCCUUUUUACGGACCCGUUUAUUUUAAAAUGCAUUUUAGAACACUUUUUCACGCGAAAAUGAAAGCUCCGUUCCUUCUAUUAACGCAUUAAGUAUAAGAUAGAAAAACGGAAACCUAAACGUCCUUAAAAGGUCAAACAUUUUAACGUCUGAAGCUGGGUUUUGUCGAAUGGUUUGUGGGACUUUUUAGAGCCAAGAUCGUUCUAAAAAUAAACUAAUUGGAGAAAGUGCCUUGAGACGAGUACAGGGAAGUUGCUCUCUCGAGGUAAUGGGCUCCUGGUGUUAACAUUAUUAUGGCCACAGCCUCAACAAAAACAACAACUACUUUAUUAACAUUUCUCUUAUCUUUUUUAGUUACAUUGUAUAAAUAUUCUUUAAAACACAUAUCUGCUUUUUUUUUGGAAAAAUUUAAGGUAACAAAAAAUAUAAGUAUAAAAGAAGGAAGUGCCUAGAGCCUAAAUGAACCGCGAGGUUUUCGAGCUAGUCUCUAGACUUAUAAAUAUUUUUGUGUGUGUGUGUAGUUAGACUCUCAAACAAAAACACACAAGCAACGGAAUAAAAUAAAUAAAUAAGGAACCAUAAGAAAAGACCAGUAAAGGCAAAGUAAAAGAGGGAAAAAAAAAGAAAAAGAAUAGAAAGGAAAUGCAAGUGUACAGCACAGCGUAAGGUAGAAGCAUAGAGGAUAUAUUAACGCGCGAAUAAACGAAGAGGAGGUAACUAAAUAAUUGGUGUUAGAUGUCAGAAGAAGCAUAUUACUUAAUUAACAAGUGUUAUUAAAAAGAGCAGCACAUAGUUGUUUGAAGUCAAAGGGUAGUUCCUUCCAGAGGUCUUGUUCGAUGCAGAUAUCGUUUGUUUACCAGUAUUUGCUCUAAAGCAGGUCAUAUUGAUAUUAAUAGAUUGUCUUUUGAAGCAUAUCUAGUGUUAAAGGAGUGGAUGUUUCUAAUGUAUUGAAAGCAACUGUGAAAGAUUGAUCGGAGCUCUUGUUGGUGCCAUUUAAGGGAAAAUUUUAAUGUUUGAAUUUCACUAAUAUGUUCUACAGUUAGAAUGUCACGAUCGAAAGAUUUAUUAAUGGACAAGGAGCUUUCUGUAUGUUUCCCUUACAAAGUGGAAAAAAUAUUAUCCUUGUAAUGUGGUUUUGUUUGACCUGGAUAAUCUUUAUACUGGACUUGUAGGCACUGCCCCAAACAAUGAUAGCAUAACCGUGAGAUAGGAAUAGAUUAGGUUAUAGUAUUGCCCUAGUUGAAAUGGAGAGAAGUAGUGACGAAGCUUGAAGAAAAUUCUAGAAUUUUUAAAUAUACGUCAAGAAAAAAAAAGAAAUGUGGUACUUCCUGCUUAUUUUAUCAUCUAUCAUGACGCCAAGGUAUUUGACGUGGUCGUUCUUUUCAAGAGAAGAAAUGGUGCGCUCAUUGGUUGGCAAGAUUACGAUUAUGAUUAAGAUCAUUUUUUAUGGGCUGACUUAAUUAACAUGAAGUUUGUUUUCUUAGGGUUUAUAGAGACCUUAUUAAGAAACGGUCCAGAUAAGAACGAUAGCAACAACGGCAACGAACAUGUUGGAAUGCAAAAAAGGUGCUAACUUUUCUAUUGUCUGUACUUACUUCUGAUUGGCUUUAACAGCAAAAGUUAACAAAACUUCAUAAAGCGGUACAUAUAUUCAUCGUUACUUUCCAACCAUCUUCGAUAUAACAAAAUCUGGUCUCAGUUUUAAUAACAAAGAAAUCCUAUCCUGGGUAACAUGUAAAAUUGUAAACUUUUCUUGGCUAUUGUUUUCAACUCUUGUGAUUGGUUAAAAUCUUUUAACACAAAAAAACACCCUUUCAAAGUGGAGUGUAAAUGCAUUUUAUUGCGUAAACGGCCUUCAUGUAGGUUUAUGCAUUCUCUGUGCAAAAAUGAGAACAUUUCUAUGUGGGGAAAGCACCGUUGCCGCAUAACAAAAGAAAUUGCCAUCCACCUUACCCGGAUCAUUACUUAACGUCGCACCAAUUCUUUACUUUUUUUGUCUUGAUUCAUGGUAGUCUUAAGUUCUUUCGGAUUUAGAAAUGAAGGAAAGACGCUAGUGUCGUCUGUAAAUAGCCGGAAAGAGAUUUUAUUUGAAGAACUAAUGAUAUCAUUUCAACAGUGAUCGAUACUCGCCCCUCUUUCAUUUCCAUGGAAGAAGGUAACUGCUUCUACAGUUUUCUUAGAAGUCUGAAAACUUUGACGAUCUUUGGAGUAUUAGUGGAAUCUAAAAAUUUGUUUUUACAAAGUUACUUUUGUUAUUCCCUGUAUGGGGAAACUCAGUUAAAUCAAACAUACGUAACUCUGAGCUGCAAUUAGUAAAGAAUUUCGCUGCCAGGAUCGUAAUUUGAUCAUGCUUCUGAGGGGGGCGUAUUUUCUAAAAUGGCUGAAUGUUUCCGAGAAGAUUUUAUUCAAUGAUUUAGUUUCAGUUUUUAAAUGUCUAAAUCGGUCUAGCACAAGAAGGUCUGGAAACUUGAGACUUCCACGCUGCCGGUUGUCUUGUCGAGGCUUUUACUUUCGCGGGCCUAGACGCUGGAAUGACCUGCUAAAGGACCUUCAGAGCAUUAAAGGUAUCAAGUUUUUUAAGAAAAGAUUAUUUAAUCGUAUAUUUAAUGAAUAGAUUGCAAAAGCAGGAAUUUCUUUAUAUAAUUUAUUGUUUAACAGUGUAUUCUAAUGAAUACACUAGACAGCUUAGCUUUUUAGAUUUUAGAUUUUAUUUAAAUCUGCAAAUUUCAUGUAGUUAAUUGUCUGAAAAGCCCUGUAAAGGGAGACUCAAUAAAAAGUCUGCAUCAGUAUGUGAGAGAGCAGGCGGGUCAGUCAAUCAAUUAAUCAAUCAAAAAUUUUAUUUGACUUCGAAUUUCAAAAGAUAGCAUAAACCUAUGCUAAUAUCUCAGAAGGAAAAGCAAAAUAAAUAGAAAAUAAAUGAGAAUGGUAAUUAGAAUAAAGUAAUACUAUAUAAUUAUUAUGUACAAAUUUACAACAAAUGUAAGAUAACGUAGACAAGAAAAAUAUUAUCUACAUUGUGACUACAGUAACUAGUGAUAAUUGAAACUGAUUACAAAAGGAGCAGCAUUUAUUAUCAAAGCUAAUGCUCUUAAUUUUUUAUUUGAAAACAUGUAAUGACUCAGCAGUUCUAAGUACCUCUGGGAGCAUAUUCCAAUAUUUGCUGGCAGAGUAAUGAAAGGAGUGCAACCAUAUUUGGUCGAUUGAACUCUAGGAAUACUAAGAGAGUGUUUACCAUGCAAAUUGUAAGAAGAAUUUCUUUCUAUCAGUGGCUCGUUAAUAUAACUAGGUGAAUGAUAAAUUUCAAUUUGCCCCAUCCUCUCUCCUCUUUAGAGGCUCCCGCUGGGUAUUCCAACAAAAUAAAAAUGAGUGACAAAAAUAUAGAUAAGCGCGCGGUGGACGAUGGGAAGAGAGGAAAGGUCUCUGCUUCCUUUCUUUUUCCCUUCCCAUCCUUCCCUGCGCUCUUUUAGGUUUCCCCUUUCUACCGCCUCUGACGAGGCUGAGGAGGAGAGAGUGCCCCGUCAUUUUUCCAAAUGGCGAUAAACGAAGAGAAAAAUAACAUGCAGGCUUUAUUAGGCCAAUAGUUUAACCCUUUAAUUUUUUUUUCAAAGAUAUUUAUCAGUAAUGAUUAACACCUCAUACUCUUUCUUUCUUUGAAAAUUAUGUAGAUCCAGACUGCUGUUAAAAGAAACUACAGAAUCUCGCGUAACGAUGACCUGGAAAUAGAAAUGGGACUUAUCAAUUGCACAUGUGUUCUGGGUACAUGCCAAGAUGCUCUGAUGUAUUUAAGGGCUGACAUCUCUGAUCUGCAAGAUGGAGUAAAACGAACCCCUACUCAUAUUCUUAAGCAAGUGGUCAUCAUUAUUAGUUUACUCAUCGCAUCUGAUUUAACUGCUGGCUGUAAGUUCAAUUUGUUCCCUUGUAGACGUUUUUAAGACUUGGGACAUUCUAACCCUUCGUAAGCUUUAAAGGUACGGAGUAAGGUGCCAGAGGAUCAGGAGUUUUAUUAUUCAUUCAAAAUAUAUUUACGCCUCUGAUUUGCUCAAAUCGUCCUGUUAUUUAUCAACGGAACAUUACAAUUUAAAAUAAAGGAUAGCUUGCAAUACAAUACCAUUAUAACACGUUGAAAUAAAAACGGGAAAAAGUGAAGGUUAAAAGCAUAUGAACACAAAAAGCAUUGAAACUGUUAUUUAUGCGUGUUACCUUUUGGAAGACGAUUGCAAUAUCCGGGAACGAAAAGGCGUGAAUAUAUAUACGCCAGAAAAAUGCAAAGCAACCGAGGAGACCUGGGGACCGAUGACAACUGCUAUUUCAAGAAUAUCUACAAGACUAAGCACUUGUUAUACUUAUAUCCUGGAUUUGCCUAGGAACAGGCAAAUGGAGACGGGGACUUAAUAUUGAUCGAGGUUAAAAUGUUUUAGCUUAUUUUUCAUUAAGUAUGAAACAUUUUGAAUGAAUAAUAAAACAAUUAUUCCGUGAGGUCCAAAGUGCAGAAUCUAUCAUUUGUGGCCUGGAAUAGGGUAAGGCCAGUAGCAUCUAAUUUAGAACCGCUAUUCGUGGUAGUGGCAAGAUGAAGCACUACCGAAAUGUUGACGCAAAUCUAUACAGAAUUUAGUAAAAUCCAACUAGUAGUCUAUUAUCAAUGAGGCGUUCUGAUUGGUUGAGCUACUACUAGGCUAUAUGUCAUAGCCCACUAAUAGCGAAAAGCGCCGGCUUUUUGGCGGCAAAAAAGGAUCAAAGGUUAAUUUUAAGCUAAACUUUUUUUAUUCUCGAUAUUUUUGACCAACUAGUUGGAUUUUACUAAAACUUUUAUUCCUCUCGCCCUUUGGUCUCAUGCCCUCAUGGCCUCUGAGUCAAUAGUAUAAUAUACUAUAAUAUAAUAUUCCUCAGAGCCCAUUCGGGCUCGAGGAAUAAUUGUUAAAUACCUAUUCUAAAGUAGCCUGUGUACUUGGCGGAAUUCACUGUUUUUGCGCGUACGUUGCAAGAGCUUUGGUAGCGAAACCACCAUGACUCGCAGCUCUUCUGCCAAAACUUUGCCCGCGCUAAUGAUCCUGCCGGCUACGCAAACUACUAACAAAGUAGGUAGAUGGAAACAUGUAUCAUUGGUAAUGGUCCGCUCUUAGAUAGGGCAGCAGAUUUUCGGUCAGGUCAACUGAACCAAAGUAACAAAGUCUUAUUUUUUUUACCCAAACUCAUUUACUGUAUGCCUGAAAUCAUCACAGUACCUUUAGUUUGAAGACAAUACCUCCAGUGUUAGUCGUAUAAACAUAACAACUUUCUUUAAUUUUCCAGACAUGUUUCGACGGUACAUCUGUCAUCUUCAGUGUUACAUAUUUUGAAAUCGCCGUUGAAUUUAAAGCGCGUUCGAUCUUACAGAGUUCGUUACAUUGCGUUGUCAAUAUUGCGUACUAAAACAAAAUUAAAUGAGUGACGCUUAGUUCUUUACAGGGAGAGAGUCAGGUUAAUGUGUUACACCUGCUGGUUGAGAUCGGGCUUCUCCCAUUUUAUAAACAGGGAUUCCUUAAGCUUCACUUGGUACUUAGUGGCUGCAGAGUCUAGGAUCUCGAAGCAAUCCGGUGUGCAGGAUGCUCUACAAAACUCUGAACCCUGCAGAUGUUUAAAAACGUUCGAAGACCUGUCUGAAAGUAAGUGCUCGCGCACUCGUGUGGAGAAGUGUCGGCUGGUUUCACCAACAUAACAAGCAUUACAACUUGCACACGAAAAUUUAUAGACCACACGCGUGCGUAGCCCCUCAGGGACAGCAUCUUUCACAUUAAAAAGAUUCCUGACUUUGAAAGUAGUAAAGACUAACCUUAAAUCAAUAGGUUUACAUAACCGGUUAGCAAGUUUGCGUAUACUCCUCUGUGCCGUGACUGAGAAGUGCCCAACGUAAGGGAUUUUGAAGAAGAACUUAGGCGUUUCCUGGGGCUCGACUCCUGAAUAAGGCUGUGUUUUCCCUCCCUUGACUGCUGUCUGAAUAUAUUUAGAAAUAUAUUUGUUGAUAAGGUUUUCAGGGAAGAGAUUCCUCCGCAGAAUGACAGACAAUUUUUGAAGGUCAGUAUGGAACCCCAUCCAAGUGUUGUUUAUCUUAAAAGUUCUAUGAAUCAAGGUUUUGAUUAACCCCAAUUUGUAGGUAAAGGGGCAAAAACUCAGAUAACUGGUGAGCAGACCUGUGAAAAUCUUUUUCCGGUAAACGCUGGUUACACAAACUUGCUAACCGGUUAUGUAAACCUAUUGAUGUCAAUAAGAAAAAUCGCAUUUUCAGACCGCACAGAGUGUUUGAAUUUGAUAGUCUGAUGAGACUGUUCUUUUUCCUCUCAUUGAAUCUAGCUCACUUGACAGUCUGCUCAAUGAUCGUCGCUGUUAUACUAUUCAUUUGCAAGCGAAAUGUCCAGGGUUACUUCACCGACAAGCCAUUGUUGACCAAAUGCGAAGAUUUUCGGAAGAACGAGCUACGGGAGGCUGAGAAGUUGCACAAACAGCUGAAACGAGAUGUGGAGUUUAAAGUUCCCAUGCAGAAGAAAACACUGGCCGUGUUGGAUAUUGAGGUGUCGCUGUUUCAUCCCCAUUCUGAGUGA